UGUCAAACAAGGCAGCUGCACUGCAGCUUAGUAUUUACGGCUGAAUUUUAACAGUAAAAGUCACUGGUUCGGAAAUGUCUUUUUCGAGAGCUCCUUUGAAGCGGUUCAACGAGAAUGUUGGUUGUGCCCCUCCACCCGGCCUCUAUGAGAUUAAACCCGGUGAGUUGAAGGGAGCUGCGUCCUUCGACAAAUCUGAUCGGUUCAGACCUAUUAAAGCAGGUGCUGCGGCCCCUAUGCCACCUCCAUCGCCCUCCAGGGGUGUGCCUAUGUCACCUUUCCGCAGGACAAUGUCAGUUGAUGGUCUUGUUGAGGGCUCAAGUACAAAGAAAGAGAAGAAUGGCAUGACCAUUGAAACAAAGCAGCGGAAGCUCUUGGAGAGUGAGAUCCGGUCCCUCGUUCAGCAGCGAGGGGAGCAGGACCAUCGCUUGCAGGUCCUUGGAGAGGAACUAAAAAAAGUGGAGGCUAAGUUGCUGGCUGCAGUCAGAGAGAAGACAGGCCUCGCUGCCAAUGCUACCACCCUUGAGAGGGAACGAGCUGAGCUCAAGAAAGUCAAUGAGUUCUUAAAGAAUAAGGUUUCUGCUGACAAAACAAAGAAGAGGAUAAAUUCCCUCACAAUGGAACUAAUGGAGUCAAGGACCAAUUUGGAUAGUAAAAACAAGGAAUUAAGCGUUCUGCAGGUAAACACCGAAGGCAAACUGAAGGUACUAGAAACAGAUCUCCGUGCUGCCAGGGAUACCGUUAAGGCUCUAAAGGAAAGAAAUAAAGACUUGGAGGACAUCCAUCAAGUCACAAAAACCCAGAAUGAAGAGUUGGAGAAUGAGAAUGCUAGGUUGCAUGGUUUGAUACAAGAACUGAGGGAAGAAGUCAGAGUCUUGCAGGGAUACCUGGACACUGCCAAUGACCAGAUCCAGGAUCUCCGCUUGAAGCUCCAAGAGAAGACACAUGAGAACACUGUUGCAGGCUCUCAAUUGGAGAAAAUAAAGCAACUAGAGAUUGAACUAGAGCAAUGCACUACUGGGCUUGAAACCACCCAAGAUGUGCUGAGACAAAAAGAAGAGGAGGCACUGAAAUACCAGCAUGAGCUUCAGGCUUCAAAGGAAGCUUUACUGGAAGUGGAGAAGCAGUUGGAGAACCAAGAGCUGGAGCUUACAUCUUCACACAAGUCAUUGAGUGAUUUGGAGGCGCAGAUAAAAAUGGCCAACGAGGAGGUUCAAGACUCUCAUACAACAGUUCAUCAGCAAGAGGCAGAGCUUACUCGACUACGGGAGGUGCUCAGGAGGACGGAGAAGGAGCUGGAUGAGAGAGUAGCACAUCUUGAACAGAGGUGUCUGUUUUCUGAGGAGGAAAGAAGCAAGACUCAGGAGCAGGGGCUGAGGAGAGUGGAGGAGUUAAAGACAGAGCUCCACUCACUAAGAGAGGCACAAAGAGAUGAGAAAAAGAGACAGAUUCAGCUCCAGAAAGAAAAUACCACUCUUACUGAGGAACUAACAAAAGAAAAGGCACUUGUAGACUCCCUGUCUGUGCUGCUGAACCAGGAGAGGGAGGAGUCUGAUGAACAAUUUAGACAGCUGAAAGAGGAGAUGGAGGAGGUGCUUGGAGAACUGGCUAUUUUAGAAGAACAGGAGCAGAGUAAGCAGGAAGUGGCGGAGAUGAGUCAGGAGACUCAGAGGCUUCAGGAGGAAAACAGCCUGCUGGAGAGACAGCUAAGUGAUGCCAGAGCACAUUUAGACAGUAAGAGCAAUGAUGUCUCUGCUGUGAAAGAAGAACAUUUGGCUGCUAUGAGAAAACUACAAGACGCACACGCAGACUCACUGAGCAAAAUGGCAGACACUGUCAAAGAGCUGGAGAGCACCAAAGAGGCUCUGAGGGGAGCAGCGGAAAGACAGAAAAACCUGGAAGCGGAGGUGGAGAGAGUUACCCAGCAGAUGAAGGAGGAGAUGGACAAAGUGAUUCGACAGAAGGAGGAGGAGAUCAAGGGAAUGAGGAAGGGGUUAGAGGAGCACCAGGAGCACCAACAGAAAUCCAGGGAGGAGAAUGCAAGACUGUUGCUAGAGGUGCAGACUUGCCUUGCACAAAAAGAUGAGGUGAUGAAGGCCACAGAGAUGAGCCACACUGCCCUGAUCAGUCAGCUACAGCAGGAGCUACAGCUGCAGACAAAAGAAAAGGAAGAGGCACUGGAGCAAAUAAAGGAACAGGGAGGCCAGCGAGCUACUGAGCUCCAAAACGAGAGGGAAAAAGCCCAGAAACUGCUUGAGGAGGUCAGCCACGAAAAAGAAGAAAUAAAGGAACUACUCCUACAAGAAAAAGAAGAGAAAGUUCAAUUUCAGACAACCCUCCAGGAGGUAAGGGGAGCAUUGGAGGUUGAAAGGAAAGACCACCAGCAGGUCAGGUCAGAGGUGCUCACUCUACAGACUGAGCUCGAGAGGGUAGACAAGGAAAGGAAGAGUCUUCUAUCUCAAGUAGAACUCAAAGACCAGUCGAGGCUUGCACUCGAAAAUCAACUCUACAUGGCCGAGCAAGACAGAAAUCAGCUUCAGUCUCGCCUGGAUGAAGUCGAGCAUGGAGGUGCAAACUUUCAAGCCCAAUUAGACCUUGCGGAGGAGAAGACGCAGGCGCUGCAGUGUGAGCUGGAAGAACAAAGACGAGACACACGAGCUCUGCAGAAGCAGAUGGAGUUACUGACUCAAGAAAAGGUGACACUGCAGUGGGAGAUGGAGGAGCAACAACAAGAACUCCAAAGACAAAUAACUGAAGCACAGGAGAAGAGCUCCCCAAGUUCAGAGACAGAACACUGGAAGAGACAAUAUGAGGAGCUGUUUGCUAAAGUCAGACCCUUCCAGGAACAGCUUAAUGCGUUUGCUGCAGAACGAGGUGCUCUACUCAAUGAAAAUGGAGCAAACCAGGAGGAGUUAAACAAGUUGGCCAACGCUUACGCUAGUCUGCUGGGUCACCAGAACCAGAAGCAGAAAAUCAAACAUGUCAUAAAGCUGAAAGAUGAGAACAUCUCGCUGAAACAGGAGGUGACUAAGCUUCGCACCCAGGUGAGCCGGCAGAAGAGUGAUCUGGAGCAGCUGAAGUCAAAGCUCCCCGGUAUUCCUCACCGCAGGUUUGAUCCCAGCAAAGCUUUCCAACACGACAAGGAGAACAGGCAAAGUGAGACAACUGCACCUCUUAAAGAAGGAAACCAUACUCAGUAAUGGAGCUAUUACACAAGAACUGACAACUAGCGGGCUAAUUUCAUU